UCCAGCUUCCGAGGCAAAUCUCUCUCCGCCGCUUGUAUUAAUCACGUCCUCCUCCAUUCGCCUUCAUCUUCCUCGCUUCUCCCAACUCGAAAAUUCCCAGUUUCUCUUUCAGUUUCAGCUACUCCGGUGAUCUCUCAGCUCUCGAUCGAUCCCAUCAUGGGCGGCGGCGGCGGCGAGAAUCGCGUCGACAACCACGACGACGACGACGACGACUGGGAGCUGGCCGCCGGCGCCGCGCUCGCCGACGUCACACUCGUUCUCGUCGGGAAGGUCGGCUCCGGGAAGAGCGCGACGGCGAACAGCAUCCUUGGAGACGAAGCGUUCGAGUCCAAGUGUUCCUAUGCCGGUGUCACGCAAACCUGCCAGAAGAAGAGCACCACGGUUCAGGAUGGCUGCUUGAUCCGCACUAUCAACGUCAUUGACACUCCAGGUUUAUUCGACAUGGACAUUAAAGCUGAGGAUGUGCGUAGAGAGAUCGUCAAGUGUAUGGACAUGGCCAAAGAUGGGAUACAUGCGAUGCUCAUGGUUUUUUCAGCAACAUCUCGCUUUUCCUGUGAAGAUGAGAAGACGAUCGAGACUCUGAAAUCGUUCUUCGGCGAUAAAAUCCUUGACCAUAUGAUAUUGGUUUUCACACGCGGAGAUGAAGUAGGUGGGGAGACCAGUUGGAAAAAUAUGUUAUCUGACAGUGCCCCUACAUAUCUUCAGGACAUUCUCAAGUUGUUUGAAAAUAGGGUGGUUCUUUUCGAGAAUAAGACCAGUAGUACUCAGGACCGCCAGGCGCAGCGGAAAAAAAUGCUUGAUGCAGUGGACUUUGUCGUAUCAAGCAAUCAUGGGAAACCAUUUUCAAAUCAGCUGUUUACUCAGAUUCAGGAGGUGCAUCACAGACAGAAAGAUGCCAAUUCUGAGGUGUAUUCAUCAAUGCAAGAGACUGACAGUUACAUUUCACUCAUAACCAAGAUGGUAGAAGAAAAGCUAAACGGUACAAUCCUGAGGAUGGAACAACAGCUUCUGAAAGAGCAGGAAGCGAGGCUGGAUAUACAGAACGAGAUGACGAAGGCAAUCCUAAGAUCAGAAGAGGACAUCAGGAGACUGAGGCUGAGCCUAGAGAAGGCUGAACAAGAGAGUAACAAUGCUCGAGAGGAAAACAAGAGAUUUAGAGAAUCGGAGAAGGCUAGUAAAGAACAGGAGAAGCAAACAGAAGCUGAGAUUCAGAAGCUUAAAGAGAAGAUGGAGAAGGACAGAGAAGAAAGGGAGGAGGAGAUUCGCAGGCUUAGAGAUGAUCUGGAGAAGGAGAGAGAAGAAAGGCAGAAACAAAGCGGUUGCAUCAUUCUUUAACUCGUCCGAUCUUCUGUUGGGAGAGUUCGGCCCUUGGAGCAUUGUUGUUAACCGGAUGAAUUUUGCCUGCUGCUACUGAAGACUUUGAAGUUCCUGUUUGUUGGAAAUAAACACGUCAUGGUGUAUUCCUGGCGUGGUUGAGUCAGUGUGUGUGUGUCGUGCUGCUGCAUGUGUGCGUACGUGUGCGUUCUGUUAGUUUGGUUGAGUCGUGAUCACGAGUGCAUGGCUGCUGCAUGGUUGUUUGCAUGGCCGUUGCAGUGUUGAUCGAGUCGUGGGUGUGCAUGGUGUGCGUGGCGUCGGUUCUUGCGGAGGAAGCCGCGUCGUCCGGGCGAGCGUGUGGCUCACGGCGACGUCGAGCGGGUUCUGCGGAACGUGGCGCAAUGGCCGGCAUGGAGGCUAGCUCCCGGUGUGUCACCGGUCUAUAAGAGACCCCUGUACUCCUUCGUUGUUUCUUUGCAAGGUUCAGUGAGUAAUAAAGCCAAGAUACAGGAGCGAUCGGCUCCGCGGCGUUCGUCGCUGUAAAAUCCAUUGUUCAUCGUCUCCCUCACCGGCGUUUGUGUUCGUGAGUGUGAGAGUUUUCCUGGGCUGAGCCAACACUGUUUGAUGCAUGCUCCGUUUAUAUGUUGUCGUUCCACUGCAGAGUGUGUGUGUAUGUUUUUUUUUAAAAAAAAAUUCUUGACGAGAUCAAGACGUGAAGACCUGGGCCGA